AUGGACAAAAACAUUGGAGAGCAGCUUAACAAAGCUUAUGAAGCCUAUCGACAAGCAUGCAUGGAUAGGGACCAUGCUGUGAAAGAACUACAGCAAAAAACAGAAAACUACAUGCAUCAAAUACAUGAACAGCAGGAAAAGAUAGAGCUUCAGAACAGCAUUAUUGCAGAACUGAAAUCAGAGCUGGCUGCUCUGAAUGCUAAUAGAGGUAAUGCACAUCCCUACAUUCUGAUGCAUGAAGACAUUGAAACGUCCAACUUACCUUUCAGCCAGCUCUCUGAAAAACUGAACAUGGCAAAGCAAAGAGAAAAAUUCUUAAAGGAACAUUUAGAAAGUGAGAGCAUGAAACUGAAGCAACUUGAGGACAAAAGCAAUCAAAAGGAAAAGAAGCUUUUAUCUAUUAUUUCCAACCAAGAAGAUAAAAUAAGAAAUCUGAAAAGCAAACUGAAAGAGUUAAAUGAAGCACAAAAGGGUAUACAGAUGCCAGCAUAUAAAAGGGAGGUGAAAAGUAAGAAAGUUGUUCCAGAUAAGCCUGAAUUAUCUCUAGAGAUCUCAGGUAUUUCACCUAUGCCUGGAAGGACAGGAAUGUACAACCGUAAUGGAUUAACUGAUGGCAGCACAGCAGAGGAGCCUGCUGUGCUGCAAGGAGGAGGUCUAAUAGUCAGCAUGAAGAAAUAA